ACAAGAAAAAAAAAACUUUCCGACGUUCAAGAAAAUCCUCAAAUGCAACUGAUGAUGAUUGUCUUAGGGAAGACCAUAAUCUAUUUCAAUCAUUAAACAAAUUAUCACGAACAAUUCCAGCCUCGGUAAAAUCAACUGCAUCUCCACGACGCAUUUUUCAUAGGCAACGAAAACAUAAAUCUAAAAAUAAAAACAAUUUUAUCAAUCGACCAAAAUUGCGUAACAUCAUGAAUAAUAAGCUUGGCGUGUUUCAAGUAAAUCAAGCAAAUAUCCCAACUUUGCCGGUGGAUGGACUUUCAAUACAAAUGAACCUUGAAGCUAUACCCAAAUAUCAUGAUUAUCCACAUCUAUUUUUGUUUAAAGAUAUAGCAUGCAAGAAUGAAUCUAUUCGGUUUUUGAUCUUCCAGAUCUCUAAUCAUGUACUGUACUAUAACAGCGUUGACAAGAUAGAAGAUCAGGAAUGGUGUAUCAAACAUUUUAAAACUCCUUUAGAUAAGUCGUCAAACAAUGAAAGUUUGGAGCUUGAUGAUUUCGAGGGAGAUCAGUCGAGAUUUGAUGACAAUAGUAAUCAAGGAAAAAAUAAAAAAAUACAAGAUAUUAGAAAGCGUCAAUUAUUGGACAAGUUUCGUAAUAUCGAGUACAAAGAAAUUGGACCUGUUGAUAAUGUGGAUAUAAUGGACAAUACUAAUUCUGAAUCAAAAAAUGAUAAUG